AUGUAUUUCUUGACGUCCAUCUCCAUUUUCCUUGCGAUAAUCGUGGUGGAAGCCUCCCCUCUUGUCCGAGGCAACCGAGGCUUAACUGAAGAUUUUGUGAAGGUCACCAAAGCACUCGAUGGGAUACAAGUUGGAAACUGCGCAUAUGUCGAUCCCACGAUACCCUUAUAUGAUACGAAACCAACUUUGCCUGCGCCAUCUCGCGGACUGAAGCUGAAAUAUGUGGCACUUGGUCGGGGUACUCAGAACUAUACUUGUUCGUCAUCUGAUAAAUCUGCUUCCCCGGUUGCAAUCGGCGCUGUUGCGACUUUGUUCGACGCGUCCUGCCUUGCCUCACAUAAUCCUUCAAUACUCCAUGAACUGCCGUCCGCAAUGAGAACGGUAUCAACUGAUGCACUGGGGCUCUUUGCCAUGCUCCUCAGUCAAAUGACUUCACGAACAAGCAGUGGCUUGAUCCUCGGAGAGCAUUACUUUACGGGCACGGGGGCGCCCAUGUUCGACCUACGUAUCGGAGGGCACAAGGAUUGGCUACAGGCCAAGAAGGGUUCAAGUGUACCAGCACCCUCUCAGUCAUCGAGCCACUCAAAGGAAGGAGACCACAGUGUUCCGUGGUUGAAGCUCGGCUUCGCUGAUGGUUUAGGUAUUCGGGAAGUAUAUCGGAUACACACGUCCGGUGGACAACCGCCAGCUUCUUGCAAGGGCCAGAAGGAGAGCAUUGAGGUAGAGUAUGCGGCAGAAUACUGGUUCUAUGGUUGA